AUACUAACACCUGCUGCCAACAGACACUCGUACACACACACACAGAAGACAUCAUGAAGCUGACUGUCCUGCUCUGUUCUGUGCUGCUGCUCUCUGUCUCUGUCCUUUCCCAGGGGGAUGGGACUGUGGGCCCAGACAGUGAGAACAACCCUCAGGCUGGAACCGAAAAGGUUGGCUGUGAAAAGUAUGAAGGUGGACUCUGCAGCAAGGAGUAUGAUCCAGUGUGUGGCAGCGAUGGACUCGUCUACAGCACUGAAUGUGUUCUCUGCCAGCUGAACAGUCUCCAAAAGACGAAUGUGAAAGUGGCAAGCAAAGGGGAGUGCCCUCGUUAACGGACUGUGGUGCCCGUUGACACACACACACACACACACACACACACACACACACACACACACCUCUGGCUGUGUAAUAUCCAUUCCCUGUAUAUUGCCUUCUCAAUAAAGUUGCAUAUGGCAACAUG